CGGACAAGUCUCCUCGUGCAGACUGAGCUGAAACCCAUGCCAAUACCCCCACCACCAAGAGCACAAGAUGAUCAAACACCCUCUCUCAAAGGUACCCAAGCCCGUCACUCCCCUGAUGCGUCGUUUCCUGCGAGACGUCUUCAAGCCCACCGUCGCGCUCGGCAAGCGGCGCACGCGGUACAUGAACCAGGAGAACCACCCUCCAGCAGACUGGACGCCGACCGAGCCCAACAAGCCGAGCAGCAGCAGCUUCGGCGUCGCGCUGCAGAACGAGGACUCGGAGGACGAAGACGCGGUGGUCAUCACCGCGUUGGCCGCCGCGCCCUUCUGCUGCCACGCCGACCUGCUCACCAUGGCGCGCCCGCAGCUCGUCGCGGCCGCGCGCACGCUCAACGCCAAGCUCCCGCGCGCGCUGCACGUCGACGCCACGCGCGCGAACGCGUCCAUCCGCCGCAGCAUCGAGCGCCUCGUCGGCAUCCGCAGCAGCAGCAGCGGCAGUAGCGGCAACGACAACAACAGCAUCGACAGCGACGCGCCGCGCCGCCGCGCACCGAAGCGCCGCCGCUCGCCGUCGCUGGACACUGCGCCCGACGCCGACGCCGAUGCCUCCGCAGCGGAGCACAGCACGGCGCGCGAGGCGCUGUACUUCAGCCCCGUCUCGCCGCUUGCCGCCCGCAGCCAGUCUGCCGCGGCCGUGGCCGCCGCGAGCUGCAGCAUGCUGGCGUCCCUGCGCGAGGAGCCGGACGAGGAUGAAACCGGAGAGGCUGACCGCCCGAGCAAGCGCCGGCGUACGGAGGAGGAUGAGGAAGAAGAAGAAGGAGAAGAGGAGGACGCCUCGCGCGACGGCACGCCCACGUUCUCUCGUGCACCUACCGCACCCUCGAACAUCUACUCCCCUGCGCACCGCCUGCACCGCUCGCAGAGCCACCGCCUGCCCGCAGCCCCGGGGCUGCUGCCGCUGCUGCACCGCAACAUCACCGUCGCGCGCCCGGGACGGCGGACGCGCUCGCAGAGCGCUGCCGUGCUGACGUCGACGCCGCGCGUGCGCCGCUGGGUGCCGAAGGCGCCGGGGCGGGCCGGCGCGUCUGCGUCUGCGUCGGGAGCAGCGGCAGCAGCAGUGGCGCGCGAGGACAGCCUGAGCGAGCCCUCGAGCGGGGUCUCAGCGGGCACGACGGCGUCGCAGGACUCUCUGGAUCGCGUCGAGCGGGUCUCGGGCUGGCUGGAGGGUGGUGGCGGCGGG